AUGGUUCGAAAGUCCAGUUCCUUGAUCUUCCUGAUUGAAUAUGAGUUAGAGGGCUUUGAAAUUCGAUUGAACAAACGGCCACCGAAGAUCAAAAUAGUGAAUAAAACGGCGGGUUCGGUGUCAUUUACACCAUCAAUUCCACAGACAUGUUUGAUACAAGAGAAGGUCCGAUUGACAUUAAAAGAGUACAAAAUAUUGAACGCGGACGUUUAUUGUGACUGCGACGUGUCAGUCCAAGAUCUGAUUGGUGCUAUUGACCAGAGUUGUAAGUACAUUCCAUGCAUUUAUGUGGUGAAUAAGAUCGACCAAAUGAAUAAAGAAGACGUAGACAGACUAAAAACAGAACCGUAUUUUGCGUGUAUCUAUGCAAUGACUGAAGAAGGUAUAGUAGCACUCAGAAAACAAAAUUGGAAACAACUAAAUCUAAUUAGAGCGUAUACAAAAGUCCCAGAAGAAUUUCCGAACUUUAAAGACGUUAUUGUAAUCCCAGCAAAGAAGGCAACAGUAGAGAAUAUUUGCUUUAAAAUUUAUAAACAACUUUUAAAAAGGAACAUAAACUGGACGACAAGUAUGUCCUGCAAAAUAUUGAAGGAGGGAAGUGAUACUGUUUUUUGUGGAUACAAUUUUCAGCAUUUUAAUUUACUGAAUAACUAA